AAUAAGAUUUCAGAGCAUAGAAAUGAUGACCAGCUUGAUCCUAUGAAGGUAGAAGCCUUGACAGAUUUUAUGUCAAUCACAAAUGCUGACAGAGAUGCCGCAUUGUCAAUCCUUGAGAGCGUUCAUUGGGAUGUAAAUGUAAGUUUUAUGGGGCUUGAAGUUUCUCUCGUCUCUUGGAAUAUCGACGGUCUUGACGGAAAUAACUUAUCAACACGUAUGAAGGGUGUCUACAAAAUCGUGAACAAUCUCAACCCAGAUUUUGUAUUUCUACAAGAGGUCGUGGGUAGAGAGUUGUCGACGAUUAAUCGGUUUUCAAAAUUGUACAACAUUUUCUACUCGAAUGAAGGUUACCUUUAUUUCACAGCGAUACUAGUCAGUAAAAUGUUUGAAGUUGACAGCCAUAAUGUUAUUCACUAUCAAAACUCUGGUAUGGGACGAACACUUCAGGUAUUGGAGGGAAAAAUCGGACAGCAGAAAGUAUUUUUGUUAAAUACUCAUUUGGAAAGCAUGAAGGAACACAGCAAGAUAAGGUUCUACUUUUUUAAACUAUGUAUGGAGAAAAUCUGUGACAUUAUAUCGAGUCAUCCAAACUGCCUUCUCUUUUUUGGAGGAGAUUUAAAUAUAAGGGAUGCAGAGGUUUCAAACAUACCUAGAGGUCUUGCGGAUGCAUGGGUAGCAGCAGGAGGUAGCAAAGAGACCGAGUUCACAUGGGACACGAGAAAAAAUGACAACAAAAGAGCAUUUGGGGCAAGGAGUAGGUUCGACCGUAUUUUUUGGUACGGACCCUUACACCGCGUCAAAUUCUCGCUUGCUGGCCAGCAAAGGAUCAGAAGUUGUUUAUGUUUCCCAUCCGAUCACUGGGCAAUACACUGCGAGUUUUCAUAG